UCCCAACAGUGACUGACCAGCAUCAUUUCUUGUGUAUUCCUUGUCACGGCGUGGUGCUGUUCCCCUCCCCCGCGUCUGGCAAAGGAGACUAGCCAAUCAUCCACCGAGAUACAAGUCAGGGUCGGCCUGUGAAGCCCAAGUGGUAGACCCCCUGCAUCUCGGUUCCUCCCUGCGAGCCAGGACGGCAUCUUCUUCCGUUGGGGCCCCUUACCCUCCAGUCCUUUUUGUCGCGAGUUAACCUUGACGCUCAUCCCCCCGGACUUCCACUGCGGAAAGGCGGCCUCUCCGGACAACUGUCGAAAGCUAACCACGAGCUAUUCAGCCAUUCAUUCAUUCAUCAGUCGCCCACAGCGAAAAAUAGCAUCACUCCCUCGAAUCAGACACCACGACAACUUUCCCUAUUGUGCUUUUACAGGGCGACACCCCGCCCACGCCUGAUCUUUUUCCCCAUCGGUCAACUUGAUACCCGCGACUGGAAUUCUACCCAGCCGAUCAAACUCGGGAUCCAUUACCAACCUGCCACCUUUCGGCAUCACCACCGACCUGUGGACCGCGCGCCUAUUCAAGGAUACUACUGUUGGGUUUCUGGAAGUGGCAGGGAAAAGGACUGGAAGUUGGGCCAUCAGGACUGUCGAUCAACGAAACUACUUCCCACUCAGCAAUCAGCAAUGCAACGAUAGCCUGCAAGGCGAUUUUCGAGGCCAUCCGUGGCCGAACUAUCCUCCUCGAUUUAUCCGGCCCUACUUCCUGCCGGCUUCUGACCUCCCUUCUUUUCAGUCAUUUUGUUUGCUGGCAGGCAUCUCUUUGCUUUUACGGCCGUUGAAUUCAGGAGAGGAGUAUUGAAGCUCCUUGGUCGACCUAAGCACAGUCGACUCUCGCAGGCGAGGAGCGACUUUGUGCGAACGACGGACUGGAGCCUAUGAUCUUUCACCACACCCGAACGAGCGACGCAUUAGGUUGUGUCGACGAUAUAUUUCGCCAUUUUUUGGGUUUAACGACGGUGUCGAUACCCUCAUACUCUUUACCGGCCAGUCUGGAUAUUUGCGCCUGGUUUGCGCAAUCGAUAUUAUGGGAUUUUUAAGUCAUAAAAGGAGGGAUGUUCUGAUCCAGCCAACCGAGAAGUGGGACUUUAUUAGCUUGAACGAUUUCAAGUCGACCUCAUGUUGGACGCCCUUCGCCUAUGGAAUCCUUAUUGCUUCCAUGUUCCUGUCGUUGUCUGUGUACGCCGUCGAUGGUUUCACAGCGUACCAACUCAUUGCGUUCGACAGAUGGUCUUCCCAAAUCGAACCGGCUCAGUUCAUCCCAUUCCAAGUCACGAAAUGGGUAUUCGCCGGCUGCAUCAUCCUCUCCGUGGCCAAUCUCUGCUACGAACACCUUCGCGCCAACCGAAUUAUGCGAAGAGGAAGUGUUGCUGAGUGUUUCCUCGAUCAUAUUGCUCAGCGCAUGGAGUGCCUUCGACCAACCAGCGGUUGGAGGAGGUUUCUCGUUUUCGCCGAACUAACCAAGAGCAAAAAGGGCGUCGACUACGUCGCCCUCUUCACUUUCUUCAGCUUCCAGUCAUGGAUUCGAGUACUCCUCUGCUCCGGGCCCCGUCAGGUUCUCAACGCUCUUACGCUCUAUUCUAUUUUCAGGGCGAAGCUCAACAUCAAGGGAGACAACUUUGAUGCUUCACUCGCUGAUUUCAUCGACAAGAUCCAGGCUCUUGCGACGGAAGACACGAGGCAAUCUGUCAUUCUCUGUGGUAUGAUCUUCACUGUGGUCGUUUGGAUCUUCUCGUUUCUUUCGUUGGUAAUCUCAGGGGUACUUUUCGUGCUGUUCUUGUGGAGUUACAUCCCCCGCGAAGAUGGAGGUUUGACGGGUUUCUGCGAGCGCAAGGUCAACAAGCGUCUCAAGCAGAUUGUCUCGGUCAAGAUCAACAAGGCAAUGGAGGAAGACGAGAGACAACGGAAAAAGGCGGAACUCAGGGCGGCCAAGAAGAACGGGGAGAACAGACCAGUCACCAUGAAGCCAUCUCUGCCCGUUUUCGCCGAUGAUAAUCUGGCUGAGAUACCGAAUCUGAAGAGAGCCGAGACCUUCAUGUCUAUUUCCGAGAAGACCGACCGUCCGAAUACACCUGGCAGCUUUGAGAUGAAUACUCUUGGGCAAAAGCGACCAGUUCCAUCUCGGUCUGGAACUGCGGCGACGUCGGUCAGCAAAUACUCGGCCAGAGCAUCUCUUCUCGGUGGGGCUGCCGCAAUGGGUGUUAACCGUUCAGAUUCACCAGGACCGGCGAUGCCAGCCGGUUUCCCUCCCCCUCCCAGGACUGCGACUGCUCAAUCCAACCGAAGUUACGCAUCAAGCCAGCAACUCAACAGGAUGCCUUCGAACGGUUCGAAUCUCAACGCGGGCUACACUGCUGGCCAGGCAAUGUAUUCUCAAGAUGCUAUGCCCAGCAUGCCGCCCCCGGUUAGGCCACCAAUGAAUGAAAUGAGCAACUACCGAGGUCCAGGGCCAAAUCAGCAGCAAAAUAGAUGGCAUGGGCCCAAUCAAGGAAGACCAGGAUAUGACGACUAUUCGAAAGGACGGGCCAGUCCUGCCCCAUCUACCAUGUCGUAUCACAAUGGCCCAACGUCGCCCCCGAGAAUGGGACCAGGAGGAUAUCCAAUGCGCAGCGCCACCGGCCCAAUGCCACCUCGGGGACAGCAACCACCAUUCCCGCCCCAGAGGAAUAUGACUGCUCCCAUUCAGCCUUUUCACCAACGGGCCGAUAGCAACGGUUCGGGCGUGUCUAUGGGUAUGGGUGGGCCUCCUCGUCAGCCAUAUCAUCACCAAAGUGCUAGCAACAGUUCGCUGAGAAAUAUGACCAUGCCGGGCGCCUACCAACCGCAAGAGGUCGAUGAAUACCGGCAACCGACGCUGCCACAUCUCGCUGGAUUUGGCGGGCACCUCCAACCACAGCAGAACGAGGAUUACAGGCAACCGACCCUGCCAAACAUAGAGGCGCCACAACAAGACAAUGAUUACCGGCAGCCGACCUUGCCAAACCUCGACGGUGUUGCGCCAAAUUCUUCACAGAGCCAUGACGAAUACCAGUAUACGAGUCGAUCACUCACAGGGAGCAACAAAACGCCAGCCCCGUACCCGGCAGAAGACGAUGCGAUGAAGUAUGAGGAUCCAUCAAAUCCUGGGAGGAGCGAUUCACCUGGCCCAUUCCAGGCACUGCCUGCGGAAGGCUCUGGGUACCUUGAUAGAUCUAAUACUGGGAGGAGCAACUCGCCCGGACCUUUCCAGGCGCAGCCCAUGGGCGGUUCUGGUCAGCUUGACAGGUCCAACACCGGGACGAGCAACAAUUCCUUUCAGGCCUAUCAGCCUCGGGCCACUGAUGGUUCCAACGAGAACCCCCCAAGAUCUGCCACGAUGUGGAGCGACUCACCUGGCCCAUUCCCCGAGCAAAGCACCAGCCAAUCUCAGUCCAUGGAUCAGCCGGCAACUGUCUCGCACGCCAUAACAACCGAGUUGGCUUCCCCGGUGCCCCUCCAGCCGUCGGCCACUGGCCAGUCUAGCUAUGUAAGCAGGCUGGAUCCUGGGCCAUCAUCUGGAUACGUCAGCAGACUGGAGUCCGACAGAAGUCCGUCACCGGAACUCGACAUUUUUGCAACCCCGGCUCGGGCAAAUACCGUGUCAGGAGCGUUCUCCCUUGAUGACUACGAUUACGAUCGUGGUCCCCAACGGGCCAAUACAACCGUUGGCAACAUGUCCGGCAGCAGUUCUCGGGAUCCUGCCCCUCACAACAACAAUGGCUGGAGCGACGACUUGGAGAGAGGCAACCAGUCGAGAUACUGA